GUGCGGAGCCCCACAUGGGCCGGCGGCUGGCGCGGGGCGGGGCAGAGCAGAGGUAGUGAGUGCUUGGCGCGUUCCCGUUCCUGCGCGUAGAUCCGCUCGCUCGGCUCCCGGUCCGGUCGGUGGAGGUGCCCGCUGCUUCUCCCCGCGCUGCCCCCAGACAUGCUCCGUUUACCGACAGUCCUCCGUCAGAUAAGACCAGUGUCCAGAGCACUCGCCCCCCAUCUAACACGAGCAUAUGCGAAAGAUGUUAAGUUUGGAGCAGAUGCUAGAGCUCUUAUGCUUCAGGGUGUAGAUCUUCUAGCGGAUGCUGUAGCAGUCACCAUGGGGCCAAAGGGAAGAACAGUUAUUAUUGAACAGAGCUGGGGAAGUCCCAAAGUGACAAAAGACGGUGUGACAGUAGCAAAAGCAAUUGACUUAAAAGACAAGUACAAAAAUAUUGGAGCCAAGUUAGUUCAAGAUGUUGCCAACAACACAAAUGAAGAAGCGGGAGAUGGUACCACUACUGCAACGGUACUUGCACGUGCCAUUGCCAAGGAAGGCUUUGAGAAGAUCAGCAAAGGUGCUAAUCCAGUAGAAAUCAGGAGGGGGGUGAUGCUUGCAGUUGAUGCUGUCAUAGCUGAACUGAAGAAGCUGUCCAAACCUGUUACAACUCCAGAAGAAAUUGCACAGGUUGCCACAAUAUCAGCAAAUGGAGAUCAGGAAGUUGGGAAUAUAAUCUCCGAUGCAAUGAAAAAAGUUGGUCGAAAGGGUGUGAUCACUGUCAAGGAUGGAAAAACUCUAAAUGAUGAAUUGGAAAUCAUUGAGGGUAUGAAAUUUGACAGAGGCUACAUCUCGCCAUAUUUUAUUAAUACAACCAAAGGCCAGAAAUGUGAAUUCCAGGAUGCUUAUGUUUUAAUCAGUGAAAAGAAAAUCUCCAGUGUACAGUCCAUAGUCCCUGCUCUUGAAAUUGCCAAUGCUAACCGCAAACCUUUGGUCAUCAUUGCUGAAGAUGUUGAUGGAGAAGCCCUCAGCACUCUAGUGUUAAACAGACUGAAGGUUGGUCUUCAGGUUGUUGCUGUAAAGGCACCGGGUUUUGGAGACAACAGGAAAAACCAGCUUAAGGAUAUGGCAAUUGCUACUGGUGGUGCUGUAUUUGGAGAAGAGGGUUUGACCCUAAAUGUGGAAGAUAUUCAGCCUCAUGACUUUGGUAAAGUUGGAGAGGUCAUUGUGACAAAGGAUGAUACCAUGCUCCUAAAGGGGAAGGGCGAAAAGGCUCAAAUUGAAAAACGCAUUCAGGAAAUCAUUGAACAGCUGGAAGUUACCACAAGCGAAUACGAAAAAGAGAAACUGAACGAGCGGUUGGCCAAACUCUCUGAUGGAGUAGCAGUAUUGAAGGUUGGUGGCACCAGUGAUGUUGAAGUGAAUGAGAAGAAGGACAGAGUUACUGAUGCCCUGAAUGCGACCCGUGCAGCUGUGGAGGAAGGCAUUGUUCCGGGCGGUGGCUGUGCGUUGCUUCGCUGCAUUCCAGCAUUAGAUGCUUUAGCUCCAGCUAAUGAAGAUCAGAAAAUUGGCAUUGAAAUCAUAAAGAGAACACUGAGAAUCCCAGCAAUGACAAUUGCAAAGAAUGCGGGUGUUGAAGGCUCGCUAAUAGUUGAAAAAAUCCUGCAGAGUCCCUCAGAAGUUGGAUACGAUGCAAUGCUCGGGGACUUUGUAAAUAUGGUAGAAAAAGGAAUCAUAGACCCCACAAAGGUCGUGAGAACUGCUCUGAUGGACGCUGCAGGUGUUGCGUCUCUCUUAUCGACGGCAGAAGCAGUGGUCACUGAGAUGCCGAAAGAAGAAAAGGAGCCGGCGAUGGGAGGAAUGGGUGGGAUGGGUGGAGGAAUGGGAGGGGGCAUGUUCUAAUUCCUGGGAUGGGGAUGCAUCAUGAGCUGGGCUGUCAAAGACUUGACAGUUCUGAUUUCAAGAACUUGAGCUGUCAGGGCGGGAGGGUGGAUAGUGACUGCAGUGAGGCUGGUGUUGAAAAGAAUCACUGUAACCAUCAGUUACUGGAUUUCAUUUAACACACAUGUAAUUGUUUACAGUCAUUGUCCAUGCCUACAGAUAAUUUAUUUUGUAUUUUUUGAAUAAAGACAUUUGUACAUUCCUGAUAACUGGGUGCAAGAUCCAUCUGCCAUGGUCCUGAUUGAAACUUAAUUAAGGCACUUGAUAUCCUGUUUUGGAAUUUAUUGGUGCUUGCCAGUACUAGGAAGAACUUGGAAGCCACUGUGCGUGAGACUAGAGAAUUGUGUACGAAGUAGGCAAAUACACAGUUAUGUGACCUUUCUGUAAUAAAACAAGCUGCUCAAAAGUUACAAACUGUAUCACCUUAUUCAUCUGCACCCAAAGCCAUAGUCACAGGAGAACCGUAAACCCUUGCUGCUGCUUCUCAGAUUUUACUAGAAAGCUGACAGGGCCUUUCCCUCCAGGAAACAUUCCUUUGUCCAGAAUGUUUCUCAGAACUACAAGCGACUUUACUUUUGGUAAGAAAUAUCUUACUGCAGUUCUUUGAAAUAUUAAACUACGCUCUGAAAAUCA